AUGUCAUUAUUACGUCCUGCUGUGAAGAGCAGUUAUAUGACCACAAGAAGUACCAUUUCCAUUAUAAAUCAAACUCGAUUAAUCUCUCGAAGUAUACAAGUAUUCCAGGAAAGUAAAGAUGUAGAAGAGAAACAAAAGAAGAAAACCCCAAAGAAAAAUGACACUGGUAACAAUUUCAAUCCAAGAUAUCUAGGUGUCACAGCAAACAUGUAUAUACCAACUAGUUAUAAGAAUUUACCUAAUGUAUUAAUCAAUCCAAUUGCCGUUUUCAAUUCUUUAAUUAGACGUUGUUAUACGUUUGGUUUUAAUACUUUUAAAGUAGCUUUAUUUCGUUUUCAAACAGGUACAACUCCGAAAUUCUUAUUAUGGAAGAAUAAAGCAAUUGAAUCAUAUAUUCAAGUGAAUAAAGCAUUUGCUAAUAAGAAUAUCAAAUCAAUUUCACCUGGAGUAUCAUUAUGGGUGGAAGAAGCUUUAAAUAAUAGAGUCACCAGACUUCCUAAGAAUUUAAUUCUAGAUUGGCAAAUUUUAAAAUUUAACAAUGUUCCAAAAUUGGUCUCUAUUGAACCAAUUAUGAUGCCUGGUAAGCCUUUAGAGAAUAUUCAACUUGUUUAUAGAUUUGAUACGCAGCAAGAAUUGAUUAAAUUUGAUCAAAAUACUGAAAAGACUGAAAAACAAAUAAGAGAUAUUGUUGAUUAUAUGGUAUUUUUAUGUGAUACUACUACUGAUCAAGUUAUAUUAAUUGGUUCUGUAUUUGAAAGUAAACCAAAUGCUAAACUUCCAAAGAAUAGUGAUGUAGAUAGAAAGCAAGUUGUUAAAAACAUGAGACUAAAUGGUGAUAUUUUCAGACAACCACCAAACUGA